GCCAGAGGCGGCGGGUGGGAGGUUGGGGAUCCCUUCCCGGCGCGCAGCUCAGUGCCCCAGCCAGCCAGGGAGGGAGCCGCGGCCGCACUCCAGUGCUGUCGGGAAAGGGGCAGGGGCGCAGGGAGCUCUGGCUAGUUGGGAGGAAGGACGCAGCCUCUCCCAGUGCGCAAGAGGACCCCGCGGGCAGUGACUGAUCUCCACCCGCUGCCCAGAGGUGCUGGGAAGGGAGGAGCGCGCAGGGGGCGGUGCCGGGCUCCCCGGCUGGGGCAGGAAGGUGCGCAAGGGGGGGGCCUCCAGCUGUUGGGAGGGAGGAGGAACGCGGGCGGGGGGGACGGAGCCUCGCCCCGCGCUGCCCCGGCUGGAGAGGGAGGGACCCUGAGCGGCGGGCAGCUGCGCCAGGGAGGCGGGUCCGAGCUCCAGCUGUUGGCGAGGGAGGAGCUGCGAGCGCCUCUGGCAGCGCGCCGGGGGAGCCCGGCGAGGGGCCGGCUCGGCUCGGCUCGCCCGGUGCUGCGCUCACGCCCCAGCGCCUGACAGCGGGCGGGCGCCACCAUGAGCGGGUCCGGCUCUGCCUCGCACUGCGAGACCCAAGAGCCGCUGUCGGCCGAGGAGAGCCCGGCCAUCAGCGCCGUCAUGUUCUCCGCCGGGCUGCUGGGCAACCUGACGGCGCUGGCGCUGCUGGCCCGGCGCCGGCUGGGGCGGCGCGGCCGCCCGCUCUCCCUCUUCCACGUGCUGGUGACCGUCCUGGUGCUCACCGACCUGCUGGGCACCUGCCUGGUCAGCCCCGUGGUGCUGGUCUCCUACGGCCGCAACCGCACGCUGGUGGCGCUGGCCGAGGACCGGCGGCUGUGCCUCUACUUCGCCUUCGCCAUGAGCUUCUUCGGCCUGGCCACCAUGCUGGUGCUGUUCGCCAUGGCGCUGGAGCGCUGCCUGGCGCUGGGCCAGCCCUACCUCUACGAGCGCUUCGUCCGCCGCCGCUCGGCGCUGCUGCUGGCCCUGCUGGCCCUCUACGCCUUCGCCGCCGCCUUCUGCGCCCUGCCGCUGCUGGGCUUCGACCGCUACGUGCAGUACUGCCCGGGCACCUGGUGCUUCAUCCAGAUGCGCGCCGCCCAGGGCCCCGGCGGCGGCGGCGCCACCUACUCGCUGCUCUACGCCACGCUGCUGCUGCUGCUCAUCCUGGCCGUGCUGCUCUGCAACCUGAGCGUCACCCGCAGCCUGGUGGGCAUGCACCGCCGCGGGCAGACCUCGCGCCGCCUGGCCUCGCUGGAGCAGCCCGCCGGGCGCCGGAGGCUCUCCAUGUCCGAGGAGGUGGAUCACCUCAUCCUCCUGGCCAUCAUGACCAUCACCUUCAUCGUCUGCUCCCUGCCUUUCACGAUUGAUGCCUAUGUGAACAAGUUUAUGGAAAUCCAAGACGAUAAGAGGGACCUUCUAGCGCUGAGGUUCUUAGCAAUUAAUCCAAUUAUUGACCCUUGGGUCUUUGUCAUCCUUAGACCUUCAGUGCUGAGGGUAAUCCGUUCUGUACUGUGCUGUCAGAUGUCCCUGAAGAGCCAAGACAACAUGCAGACGACAACUCCUGCUGCAGAGUCAAAAUCCAAUAAACAGAUUGACCUUUGCGGGCAGUAAUCCCAGCCGCGUUCAGUGGAGACAUCUGGAAGAUCAUGCUAAAAUGGCUCCUCAGGGUCACGAACAAACUUAGAAGUAUAAACACGAUGGGAAGCUGUGCUUUUUAGGUUAAUAAACAAAUCCAUUUACUGUACAAUGGAUUGAGC